GAUCACUUCAAGUGUGGAACUAUGAAGAUGGAACGCGGGUUGCCUUCUUGAAAAUCCCUGAUGUGGAUGAUGCUUAUGGAGCUCUAUUCAUCCCGUAGAAAGACUGGAUUCUGGUGGAGAGAACCAGCAGCUUCGGCGUGUACGAAUGACAAGGUUCGAAGUUGACGUGUGUGAGGACGCUAAUGACAGAAUGUGCUUCAACCACCCAUGCAGUUGCUGUCCAUCACAGCUUGCCUUGUUUAUUGGCAGGUUUUGCGAACAAGGAUGUUUUUCUGUUUUACUGGGGUCGAAAAUGGGAGAAGAUAAAGCUUCAAGGUCAUUCUACAGCCAUACGCGCAGUGGCAUUUCAUCCAACAGAGUCACAGAUCUUUGCAACUGCCUCAGAUGAUGACAUCAUCAAGGUAUGGAACCUGGAAGAAAGGUCUGUCGUUCGUACUCUGAAAGUUGCUGAGGGCGUUCGUACUCUGAAAGUUGCUGAGGGCAGCGAUUUGAAUAUCGGUGCAUGUCGAAGGGGAGGCCUCAUAAGUCUGGUUAGUCCCCUGGAAUCGGAUAAGAAAUACAAAAUGCCAGUGGAUUGGGAUCGUAUUCUAUCUCCUGUUUUUUGCACACGCAUCAUGGGGUUUUGUCCCAGGGUAGGGAAAUCACUGCUUAUCGCAUUCCACAAAGAAACGAUCCAGGUUUGGGACUAUAAGGAAGGAGUUUGCAUGGCAAAAUGGGAAGCACACGAUACGCCCACGAGGUCAGCCUUUUUCCAUCCACGCUUGCCGUACAUCUUUACUGUUGCAAAAGAAGGUAAAAUACGAAUUUGGAGCGAGACAAGCUAUCGGCAAGUGGCUUCCUAUUUUUUUGGAUACGCAGACAUUUCAAGCAUGAUUCCAUGUGGAACUUGUAACAAGCUUGUUCUUGGAGGUCGUGGGAUGUUCAAAGUGGUAGCGGUGGACACAGGAAGGGAAGAACAGGAAAAUGAAGCGCAGAAGCAAAUGCAAUCUCCUUCAACAGAGAGCGCCCAGACUUCUGCAGGAGCAACCACGACGGGUGACGAAGCUGUCUUCGCAUUAAGAACACCUGUCAGUGAAGAGCUCGAAAAUCGGAUUGUGCAAAUCAGGCUGGAAUUCGAGGAGAAGAUUAAGCGGGAAGUGGCAAUUGUUGAGCUGAACUGCAAGAAAGCACUUGAAACACUUGAGGGUCUGAUAGCAGAGCAUCAGAAAAAGGAGAGAAUCCAAGCUGAGCGGGUGCAGCUGCUGGAGAAACGAUUUGAUGAAGAGGUUGCUAGACGAGAAAGACUGCAGGCUUGAAGUCUCUCAAACUCCCAUAACCAAUUUUCACAGGCCCGGAGAAAGUGACAGGCCUUGGGGUGAAAGGCUAGAGUCACGGAAUGUCAGGUAGACGAGUGGAAGAGACUGGAGAAAAGAUUAGACGAAGAAGAGGUUGCUAGAUGAGAAAGGCUGCAGACUUCUCUCAAACUCCCAUCCAAUGGGUGUUUGCAUAACCAAUUUUCACAGGGAGAAGGCGACAUGCCAAGAACGUCGGUGCGCAUUUUUUGCACACCUGCGCUGCCUGUGCACUGUAUUUCUUGCUUCCCCUUUGCUUGGACUAUCCCUUGCUUGUGGAGUUCUGCACUAUCCUCAACUUUUUUUUUUGUGUAGGUAUGUCAACUUGCAGUUGAGUAAUGUUGGAAGUUGCAUACAUCAUUCCAGGACCUACUUUUUGCAUGGAACAAGGGACCGUCCACGUAGGCGCCAGCUGGUAAGUACUAACUCCUGGUGGCCGUCAGUUAGAGAUAGGCUGAGAUCACCCCCACGACAAAACCACUUUGCGUUUUUGUUUUCCCCCAAACAGGCCAAAAAGUGUGGUAGGCCCUAAAACGAACUUUCAUAUCGUUUUUGCACCCUAUUCCAUGGCCGGUAAUGCCCUAGGAG